GCAGGGGAUACACGUGAGGCUUCACCUUCUCUCUGGUUGGCUGGUUCUGCCGUAGACGUAGCAGAGCUUCCCGUUUUGUAACGCAAGACAACGUGCUGAUUACCAAACUAAAUAUCUCAGCAAACACAGCAUCUACCAAGCAUUACUUUGUGCAAGUAAAGUUAAGGUUCGGAGCCAUGGUUCAUACAUGUGUUCACUGGUUCCGCAAGGGCCUCCGGCUGCACGACAACCCAGCGCUGAUGGCUGCUCUGCGGGACUGCCAGGAGCUGUACCCGGUGUUCAUCCUGGACCCUCACCUCCACAACGACACCUGUGUGGGUAUCAACCGCUGGAGGUUCCUCGUCGGAGCCCUCCGAGACUUGGACUGCAGCCUCAGGAAACUCAACUCCAGGCUGUUUGUUGUGAGAGGGAAGCCCGAGGAAGUGUUCCCCGAGCUGUUCGACAAGUGGAAAGUAACAAAGUUGACCUAUGAGUACGACACGGAGCCCUACAGUCUGAGCCGGGACCAAACGGUGACCACAUUGGCCAAAGAACACAGAGUCGAAGUCCUCUACAAAAUCUCGCACACUCUCUAUGAUAUAGACAGGAUGAUUGAGGAAAACAAUGGGAAGGCUCCGCUUACUUAUAAUCGUAUGCGGGCGAUAGUGAAGACUCUUGGUCCUCCUAAGAAACCCAUCCCUGCUCCAACAAUGGAAGAUAUGAAAGAUGUGAAGACGCCUUGUUCAGAAAACCAUGAGCAGAAAUACGAGAUGCCCACGCUGGGAGAGCUCGGCCACGACACUGCAGCUCUUGGAGAGGAGCAGUUCCCUGGAGGAGAACAGGAGUCUCUGAGGAGAUUAGAUGAACAUAUGAAAAGAACGGGAUGGGUGUGCGGCUUUGAGAAGCCACAGACUUCUCCAAACUCUCUGAGCCCCAGCACCACUGUCCUCAGUCCAUACGUCACGUUUGGCUGCCUGUCUGCACGCACCUUCUGGUGGAGGCUGGCGGAGGUCUAUCAGGGGAAGAAGCACUCAGAUCCUCCAGUUUCCCUGCAUGGCCAGCUGCUGUGGAGAGAGUUCUUCUACACAGCUAGUGUGGGUAUCCCCAAUUUUAACAAGAUGGAGGGCAACCCUGUAUGUACCCAGGUGGAUUGGGACACAAACCCUGAAUAUCUGGCUGCAUGGAGAGAAGCUCGGACUGGUUUCCCCUUCAUCGAUGCCAUCAUGACUCAGCUGAGGCAGGAGGGCUGGAUCCACCACCUGGCCCGGCAUGCUGUGGCUUGUUUUCUCACAAGGGGAGACCUCUGGAUCAGCUGGGAAGAAGGGCAGAAGGUGUUUGAGGAGCUUUUAUUGGAUGGCGACUGGGCUCUGAAUGCUGGAAACUGGCAGUGGCUCUCUGCAAGUGCCUUCUUCCACCAGUUCUUCAGGGUCUACUCCCCUGUCGCAUUUGGCAAGAAAACAGACAAAAAUGGAGACUACAUCAAAAAGUACCUUCCUCUUCUUAAGAAAUUGCCGGCCGAGUAUAUCUAUGAGCCGUGGAAAGCUCCACGCAGUGUCCAGCAGGCAGCAGGAUGCAUUGUGGGUAAAGACUACCCGCAUCCCAUCGCACAGCAUGAAGUGAUCAGCAAGAAAAACAUCCAGAGGAUGAAGUUGGCUUAUGCCAAGAAAUCGACGGACGCUGCUGGUUCACCCAGCAAAAAAAAAAGGUGUAAAGCGCAGUGCUCCAUCUGUUGUUGACAUGCUGAGGAAGAAAGACAGAGGAAAGUAAUAUGAAUGCAUAGUAAUAGAGGUUUUCUGUGUCUAUUAUGUCUUCUUGAAUACACCCUACGUCAGUUCCCAUUUUAUAUUUUGAGUACUGUUUUUAUUUUUUAUAUUGUAUCUAUAUCAAUGUUUAAAAGUGAGUGUUAUACUUGUAGAAUGUUUCUUGCAUGGAGAUUAAGUUACAAUGUAUAAAGAUUGCUGGUCUCAUCUUGUCGGAAGGCUACAGUUUAUUUUGAGACAACGUUUUGUCUGUUCACAAGUGGCUAUUUCAUUAAAUGAUAAAAUGCCUCACUGUUGAA